UGGAAGGGGGAGCUUUUACACUCCAAUCUUAAACAGAUGCCGGAAAUUUUCUACUAGGUGAGAAUCUCUCCUCUCGAGCCGUAAAACCCAUGGAUUCCCUCCACAGGUUGCAGAUUUCCCCGCCAAAUUCCGUGCGGAGACAAAUGUAGCUUUCGAUUCUGAAAACUAGGGUUUUUUGUUUUUGCUGGUUCCUCGAUUCCGUUCAUCUUUUAUCGCAAAAUUUGUCGGGUCGGAAUCUUCGAAAGCUGAGAUGAAGGAGCUCUUAGGAGGUCCGGGAACGGUGGGUGGGUUGGUAAUGAGAAUCGGUCAGUGUGCUUCUGCUGCUACUUCCAUUGGCGUCAUGGUCUCUGCAAAGGACUUCGCUUCUCACACCGCUUUCUGUUACUUGAUUGCAUCAAUGGGUCUUCAACUGCUAUGGAGCUUUGGACUUGCUUGUCUUGAUGUCUAUGCUCUUCGGCGCAAGAAAGACCUUCAAAACCCUAUCCUUGUUAGCUUAUUUGUCGUCGGCGACUGGGUGACUGCAAUGCUAUCUCUUGCUGCUUCAUGUUCAUCAGCAGGUGUCGUUGUCUUAUAUGCCAAAGAUCUGAAAUUCUGUGGUGCUGAGAACAGAAUCCCAUGUCUUAGGUAUGAAGUAUCAGUUGCCUUCUCUUUCAUGACAUGGGUUCAAAUUGCUGUUUCUUCUCAUGUCACAUUUUGGAUCUUAGCCUCUGUUUAAGCUAAAGAGAAAAAACUUUUUUUUUUUUUUUUCUGAAAAUGAUGCAUCUUGUAGCUUAUCUGACUUGAUAACAUUUUGUUUCAAUCAAAACCUGCUAAUGUUUCUUGAGUUUAA